UUUCUCUAACUCCUAUCUCCCCACAAACACUUUUAUAUUUUCCCAAAAUUUGGAUCAAAAAAGUUUCCGAUAGAAGAACUAUGAGACUCCUCCUUGUGUUCUUUAUGGUUCUCACCAUCUUUAUCCCCUGCUUUUCCUUUGAUAUACCGGGGAAGGAUCUUCCUUUAACCCUAGAUUAUUACAAGUCUACUUGCCCGACCGUAUUUGACGUCAUCAAGAAAGAAAUGGAAUGCAUAGUGAAGGAAGAUCCUCGAAAUGCAGCCAUAAUUAUUCGUUUACACUUCCACGAUUGCUUUGUCCAAGGAUGCGAUGGAUCGGUGUUGCUAGACGAAACAGAGUCACUACAGGGAGAGAAGAAAGCUUCUCCCAACAUAAACUCAUUGAAAGGAUACAAAAUUGUGGACAGAAUCAAGAACAUAAUCGAAUCUGAAUGUCCUGGAGUUGUUUCAUGCGCUGAUCUUCUCACAAUUGGUGCUAGAGAUGCUACAAUCCUGGUGGGUGGGCCUUACUGGGAUGUUCCUGUGGGAAGAAAAGAUUCAAAAACAGCAAGUUACGAGCUUGCCACAACAAACCUUCCAACUCCAGAAGAGGGUUUGAUCAGCAUCAUUGCUAAGUUCUACUCUCAAGGUCUCUCUGUUGAAGACAUGGUCGCUCUUAUAGGAGCGCACACAAUCGGAAAGGCACAAUGUCGGAACUUCCGAUCCCGGAUCUAUGGAGAUUUUCAUGUGACGUCAGCCCUAAAUCCAGUUUCGGAGACGUACUUGGCAAGUCUUCGAGAGAUUUGUCCCGCGAGUAGCGGAGAAGGUGAUAGCAAUGUGACGGCGAUGGACAAUGUGACGCCGGAUCUCUUCGAUAACUCGAUCUACCACACUCUGCUAAGAGGAGAAGGGUUACUGAAUUCGGACCAGGAGAUGUACACGAGCUUGUUCGGGAUACAAACGCGACGGAUCGUGAGCAAGUAUGCGGAGGAUCCAGUGGCUUUCUUCGAGCAAUUUUCGAAGUCGAUGGUGAAGAUGGGGAACAUUUUGAACUCUGAAAGCUUUGCUGAUGGAGAAGUUAGAAGAAAUUGCCGAUUUGUCAACACAUGAAACAUCAACAACGAAACAAAACAAUGGAGAAAUAAAGUAUUUCUGAUAAU